CCAUAACGAUUGAAAACAGCCGCAAACGGAAGAUGGACGGCCCGAAGCCGAACCUGGCGUCGGCCGCUUCGAUGGAGUCGUUGAACAGUGUUUCUUCUGAAGCAACGAAUCCAUCACAGGUCCGCACCUUGUUUGUUUCGGGUCUUCCAAUGGAUGCUAAGCCGCGUGAGCUUUAUCUUCUGUUCCGUGGAUGUCGUGGUUAUGAGGGAGCUCUUUUGAAAAUGACAUCGAAGAAUGGAAAACCAACGUCUCCAGUCGGAUUUGUCACCUUUCUUUCGCAACAAGAUGCGCAGGACGCCAGAAAAAUGUUGCAAGGUGUCCGAUUCGAUCCGGAAUGUGCACAGGUACUUCGACUAGAACUUGCAAAAUCGAACACAAAAGUAGCUCGACCUAAACAAUCUCCACCACCACCACAACAUGCGGCACUAUCAGCCGCUGCAGCCGGAGUCCCGCAGUUUUUGGCACCAAUGCAACACGAUCUUCUACUAGAUCCUCAAUCAGCAGCUCUUUUCAAUGAGCAACAACUAUUGGCUCUUUCACUUCCACAUUUACAUGCUGCACAGGCACUUCAAGCAGCCUAUAUGCCAGCUUCUGCUCUACAACAAUACAGUCAGAAUCAAUUGUUUGCAGCUGCUCAAAUGCACCCAGCAGCCGCUGCAGCAGCCAGCCUCCAACAUUCUCAACAAGCAUCUCAAGCUUCCACCUCUGCGUGCUCCACUCUUUUCGUCGCCAAUCUAUCGGCUGAAGUGAAUGAAGAUACUCUUCGGGGUGUAUUCAAAGCAUUCUCUGGUUUCACACGUCUACGACUGCACAACAAGAAUGGAUCAUGUGUGGCGUUUGUUGAAUAUUCGGAUCUUCAGAAAGCAACUCAAGCGAUGAUAUCACUACAAGGAUUCCAGAUAACAGCCAACGAUCGAGGUGGUCUUCGUAUUGAAUAUGCUCGGAACAAGAUGGCUGAUGUGAAUGGAUAAGAAGAGAAGCAAGAAUUCUUUGCAGUUUUGUUUUGGGAAGCGCACCACCAUCACCAAAUGCACAAUCAUCACUCAGCAACUACUACUUCUACUUCUUCUUCUUCUUCCUGUGCACAACCACCACCACCUCCACCAACGUACACCCGCUCUCAUUACACUUAGUGCAUUUUCGUCCUUUUUUCAUUUUACUCUCCCAAAAAAUCACCAAAAAUCCUUUCGGAUCUCUUUUUAUUCGCAUUUUAUUUUCCUUUCUCUUAAUUUUUACAAAAUUCGAAGUGUUUGUAAGCACCCUACAGGAACUUCUAUUGUCUUGACCGUAGAGCUCCUUUGCAUCAUAUCUUUUCUAUUUCUGAUUUACUCUCUGUAAAUAUAUAUCACGAGAGCUUAUCCACCUGUCUGUCUGUCCGAACCUGAAAUUUUCUGUGAUUUGUUCUAAUUUUUCAUAAGAUCCUUUUUCCCCUUUUACCACCAAUCAUCAUGCAUUCCAGUCUCUCUUCUGUUGUAAUUUGAAAAAGCUUUUGUAAUAAAUUUAUACACUUU